GGGGGUGGGAAAGAAGAGGCUUGGGUGCGUGGGGAAUCAUUUGUAGGAAACUGCCUCGGGGCAGCAGAGUUGCACCCAAGGGUGGGGGAGGGGGCGCGGGGAAUUAUACCAAAGUUGGAGGAGAAGCAGCGGAGGCAGAGAGUGCAUAGUAGCCACGCGGGUCCUGGCGAAGCGGAGGAAGGGGAAGAAGAAGCGGCCGAAGAGGAGAAGGAGGAGUAGGAGGAGAAAGAAGAAAAGGAGAAGAAGAACAAGGAGGAGGAAGAAGAGAAGGCUGGAUUCUUUUGCAUGAUGCCCUCCUUCGACGAGGUGCUGCAGAAGGCGGGCGAGUUUGGGCGCUUCCAGCGGCGGGUGUUCCUGCUGAUGUGCCUGACCGGCAUCACUUUUGCCUUCCUCUUCGUCAGCGUGGUCUUCCUGGGCAUCAGCCCGGACCACCACUGGUGCCGGGGUCCCAGCGCCGAGGCGCUGGCGGAGCGCUGCGGCUGGAGCCCCGAGGAGGAAUGGAACCGCACGGCGCCCGCCCGGAGCGCUGGGGAGUCGGGAGCCCGCUCCGACGGGCGCUGUGAGCGCUACGAGCUGGAAGCGGCCAACUGGAGCAGCGCUGCGGGAUCAGCCGACGCUGCCGCGGGGGGUCUCAGCUGCAGUGACCCGCUCGCCUCCUUCCCCAACCGCACCGCGCCCUUGGUCCCCUGCCAGGGCAACUGGAAGUACAGCCAGUCCCACGCUACCAUUGUCAGCGAGUUUAACCUGGUGUGUUUAAACUCUUGGAUGCUGGACUUUACCCAGGCUAUUCUGAAUCUGGGGUUUCUGGCUGGGGCUUUUACUCUGUGCUACGCAGCAGAUAGGUAUGGAAGAAUAAUUAUAUAUUUGAUCUCCUGCUUUGGUGUGGGAGUAAGUGGUAUCAUUGUGGCAUUUGCUCCAAACUUUACUGUGUUUGUGAUCUUUCGCUUCCUGCAAGGUGUUUUUGGAAAGGGAACAUGGAUGACAUCUUACGUUAUUGUGACAGAAAUGGUUGGUUCAAAACAGAGAAGGAUUGUGGGAAUCGUGAUUCAAAUGUUCUUCACCCUUGGAAUCAUAAUUAUCCCUGGGAUUGCUUACCUUAUCCCCAAUUGGCAAGGGAUCCAGCUAGCCAUCACACUGCCCAACUUUCUGUUCCUUCUCUAUUACUGGGUGGUUCCUGAGUCUCCCAGAUGGCUAAUCACUCGGAAGAAAGGAGAAAAGGCCUUGAAAAUUCUGCAGAGCAUUGCCAAGUACAAUGGGAAAUAUCUCUCACCAAAUUACUCAGAGAUCACUGUUACAGAUGAGGAGGUUAGUAAUCCAUCCUUUUUAGAUCUGGUGAGGACUCCCCAAAUGAGGAAAUGCACACUUAUUCUAAUGUUUGCUUGGUUCACAAGUGCAGUGGUUUACCAAGGACUUGUCAUGCGCCUGGGAAUCAUAGGUGGAAACCUCUAUAUAGAUUUUUUUAUCUCAGGAGUUGUGGAAUUGCCGGGAGCUGUCCUGAUUUUACUAACAAUUGAGCGUAUUGGACGACGCCUUCCCUUUGCAGUGAGCAAUAUAGUAGCAGGAAUUGCCUGUCUUGUUACAGCAUUCUUACCAGAAGGGACACCGUGGUUGAGAACCUCAGUAGCUACUAUAGGAAGACUGGGGAUUACCAUGGCUUUUGAAAUUGUCUAUUUGGUGAAUUCAGAAUUGUAUCCAACAACAUUAAGAAACUUUGGUGUUUCAUUGUGUUCAGGUUUGUGUGAUUUUGGUGGUAUUGUAGCUCCAUUCUUGCUGUUCCGGCUAUCAGCCAUCUGGCUAGAACUACCUCUUAUCAUUUUUGGUAUUCUUGCAUCAGUCUGUGGAGGUCUUGUCAUGCUCUUACCUGAAACGAAGGGGAUUGCCUUACCUGAGACAGUGGAGGAUGUAGAAAAACUUGCCAGCCCACAUCUCUACAAAAGAGGCAAGAAGAAGAAAAGUCAAGUAACAACCAUUCAUACUUGAGUCCUUGCCAAAGACUAAAGAAGGUAUUUGGUGUGAGGUUGCACCCCAGGAACCUGGUUCCUAUGAGAUAUUCCUUUGAAAUCAGUAAAACACAACUUGCAAGGAUAUGUAUUUCAUUUUCAACUGCAUUUUAAUAUGAGCAAGGUCUCUGUACUAUAUAUAUAUUGUAUAUCAAGUAUGAUAUAUAGACUUUUAAAAUAUACAGUGUAUUUUUGUAUAAUAUUGGAAAGAAUAGGCAUUUCUUUUUGGGAGAAUUGGACAUGUGGCCCUAUCGGUAAAGAGCCACUUCAUUCAGCAGCUUUCAUGGAGCCAAGAAAUGUUCUUUCUAUUGGAGUUGUUCACUUGUGAUGCAAGGAGGGAAAAAGCUCCAUGAUGAAUGACAAAACAUGCCUGCCUCAUUCUGAUGGGGAUUCCUCCAGCAAGUCAGGAAAUGCAAACAAGCAGAAUUUAAGAAUGGUGUUGGUGACUUGAGCAGCAGUAAUCCAGGUCAAUUCAACAAGAAAAAAAUAUGGGGACGACUUCAUCAAAAUCUGGACGAACAAUGAAAGGGCCAAGAUUUGGGAACGCUGAUAUUGGAAUCCAAAUAUGUUGGACAACACCGUACUGAGCCUUUACCAUCUCUUGUCAUCUUGAGCACUUGGGAUAUAGCAUUCACCAAUUUGAUUUUCCCUUUCUAUCCUGUCAGUUUCUAUAAAUCUUAGCUUGAUUUCUGUGCUGUGCCAAUUACAAAGAUCCAUUUGUAAUAUAGGUUGAGAUUUUGGCUAGAUUACUUAUUACUCAAGAUUAACCCUGAGAUUAUCCAAAAAGAUUAUUAUUUUUUUUCCUGCUGUGAGCACCUAAAGCCAGAUCUUUAGUUCAAUGAGAAGGAACUGUGGAGGAGAAAAUGGCCCUCACUACAGAUGAGUUCAUAGUUCUCUGCAUUUUCAAAGGCUAAAGUGGUUUGCAUUGUAUUUGUUAGGUUUGUUUCUUGAUGAUAUCUGUAUUUAAUAAGACACAGAGAUUUCUUAUUCACUUCUUCCAAUUCUUGCUUAUCCAAGGACUGGGCCAAUGCUUAAUGCAAAACGAAGAGUACAUACAGUCAUGCUUAAACUAAUUAGCAUCCAGUUUUGCAAGUGCUCAUAGACAUCACAAAAUAUCUUUGAAUGUCGUCAGGGUUUUUUGGUAUGCUACUCUGUAUAUUAUCUUUUCAGGUUGAGUAUGUACCUUAUACGGUAUUUUUAAUAUUAUGUUUCUGGGAUGAGAUAGAGGGACACUUAAAGGGCAUGAGAUCUAGACAAUGUUAGAAUUUCUAUUAGAGUAUGCAUAUAUAGAUGUAUAUGUGUACACAAUAUGUGUGCUAAUCACAAUAUAAGCUUUAAAUCCUUAUAUCACAAUUGAUUUAAUGUUAAAUGUUCAUUUUAUAAAAUAUGUCAAACAAUUUGCUUUGGAUUUUAAUGGCUUCACUAAUUCAUAGUUGUAUUGCUGUUGCCUUUUUUUCCCUUAAGAGCACUAGCUUUAAGAACACUUUAGUGUUUUUAAUAUCACCCUGUAUCUUUAAGCUAUUUUACCUCCAGUAACAAUAAAAAAUGUUAAAUUGGCAGAAAAAAAUUAAUAAUGAUUCUCUCCUCUUUUCUCAGCUUUAAGAAAAAUUCACAAAGCAAAUUAGUAUGAUCAUUUUCCCCACACGUCAAAAUAUUUUUCCCUUUCAGCUUCUGGUCAGUAAUAAACAUGUCCUUGUCUAGAGAUAAGGAAAAUAAGAUAAAAGCCUUUUCUUAAAACCUUUUGGUUCUAAGCUUUUGGAUUCCUCUUACUUUCUAAGGCGUUUCGAUAAUGAGCUUAAUUCACAAUUCUACUGUUUGUCUCAUUUGGAAUAUUUGUAUCUCUCAGGAUUUUUUCAGCAGAGUGUCUCUGGUCAUUGGCCAGCUUACUACUGUCCCCAGGAGGUGACUGGCAUAGUGGAAGGACCACCACAGCCUUAAUAUAUGGAUCCAAAUCCUACUCUUCCUCUUAC